AUGACGUACCAGUUCCCCGCGCUCUCCGAGGCACAGAAGAGGGAGCUACAUGAGACUGCUCUACGCAUAGUUUCUCCAGGGAAGGGCAUCCUGGCUGCAGAUGAGUCUGUGGGCAGCAUGGCUAAGCGGCUGGCCCAGGUCGGAGUGGAAAACACAGAGGAGAACCGCAGACAGUACCGGCAGAUUCUCUUCAGUGCAGACGAUCGCAUCAACAGCUGCAUCGGAGGGGUCAUCUUCUUCCAUGAGACACUGUACCAGCACUCUGACAACGGUGUACCCUUUGUCAAAAUGAUCAGGGACAGGGGUAUCCUGGUUGGCAUCAAGGUUGACAAGGGUGUUGUCCCCUUGGCAGGAACAUGUGGAGAAACCACCACACAGGGUCUGGAUGGACUGUCAGAGCGCUGUGCACAGUAUAAGAAAGAUGGAGCCAUCUUUGCAAAGUGGCGCUGUGUACUCAAAAUCAGUGACACCAAUCCAUCUAAACUGGCUAUCUCAGAAAAUGCAAAUGUUCUUGCACGCUACUCUAGUAUCUGCCAGCAGCACGGUAUUGUGCCCGUCAUAGAGCCAGAGAUUUUGCCUGAUGGAGAUCAUGACCUGAAGCGUUGCCAGUACAUCACUGAGAAGGUCCUGGCUGCAGUGUACAAAGCCAUGUCGGACCACCAUGUGUACCUGGAAGGAACUCUCCUCAAACCCAAUAUGGUAACUCCUGGACACAGCUGUCCCACCAAGUACAGCCCAGAGGAGGUUGCUAUGGCAACUCUCACCGCCUUGCGUCGUACUGUUCCCCCAGCGGUCACAGGAGUGGCUUUUCUCUCUGGCGGGCAGAAUGAAGAGGAGGCCUCCGUGCACCUCAAUGCCAUCAACAACUGCCCUCUGGCCAAACCCUGGAUCCUGACGUUCUCUUUUGGCCGAGCCCUGCAAGCAUCUGCACUCAGAGCCUGGAGAGGACAUAAAGAGAACGAGAAAGCCGCCACUGAGCAGUUCAUCAAGAGAGCAGAGGUGAACAGUCUGGCGUGUCAGGGGAAGUACACUGGUGGUGAUAACUAUGGUGAGGCUGACCAGCGUAUUUAUAGAUCCUGUUAUGCAUACUGA